UCUUUUCCCCUCAGGAGAAGUCGGGAAGGUGGCGACGGCGGCGGCGGCGGUUGUCUCGGCCGGGCCGGUUGGUGUGGCCCCUAAGCCCGCACUCCGCAGCGUCCGCGCCGCGCCCAGCCCAGCCCAGCCCAGUCGAGUGGAGCCGCGGCGGCCGGGUCCGGGCGGGCGGCGCGCGCUGACGGAGGGCGGCGGCCGCGGCCAGGGCGGCCGGUGGGACCGCGGGUCCCCGGCGCAGCGCCGCCCGGCUCCCGGCCCUGCCGGCCUCCUCCCUCGGCGCCGCGGCCAUGGCGGCCAGCGCGAAGCGGAAGCAGGAGGAGAAGCACUUGAAGAUGCUGCGGGACAUGACCGGCCUCCCGCACAACCGAAAGUGCUUCGACUGCGACCAGCGCGGCCCCACCUACGUGAACAUGACGGUCGGCUCCUUCGUCUGUACCUCCUGCUCGGGCAGCUUGCGAGGGUUAAAUCCACCACACAGGGUGAAAUCCAUCUCCAUGACAACAUUCACACAACAAGAAAUUGAAUUCCUUCAAAAACAUGGAAAUGAAGUUUGUAAACAGAUUUGGCUAGGAUUAUUUGAUGAUAGAUCUUCAGCAAUUCCAGACUUCAGGGAUCCACAAAAAGUGAAAGAGUUCCUUCAAGAAAAAUAUGAAAAGAAAAGAUGGUAUGUCCCAGCAGAACAAGCCAAAGUGGUGGCAUCAGUUCAUGCAUCCAUUUCAGGAUCCUCUGCCAGUAGCACAAGCAGCACACCUGAGGUCAAACCACUGAAAUCUCUUUUAGGAGAUUCAGCACCAGCACUGCACUUAAAUAAGGGCACACCUAGUCAGUCCCCUGUUGUAGGUCGCUCUCAAGGGCAGCAGCAGGAAAAGAAACAGUUUGACCUUUUAAGUGAUCUUGGCUCAGACAUCUUUGCUGCUCCAGCACCUCAGUCAACAGCUACAGCCAAUUUUGCUAACUUUGCACAUUUCAACAGUCAUGCAGCUCAGAAUUCUGCCAAUGCAGAUUUUGCAAACUUUGAUGCAUUUGGACAUUCUAGUGGUUCGAGUAAUUUUGGAGGUUUCCCCACAGCAAGUCACUCUUCUUUUCAGCCCCAAACUACAGCAUUUAGAAUGCUUUCAUCUAGUUGCAGUUUUGGUGAAUUUACUUCAGCUUUUCCUCUCCAGGCUUCCAACAGUGGAAGUGCUGGAUCAGUAAAUGCUAAUUUUGCUCAUUUUGAUAACUUCCCCAAAUCCUCCAGUGCUGACUUUGGAACCUUCAGUACUUCCCAGAGUCAUCAAACAGCAUCAGCUGUUACUAAAGUUUCAGCAAACAAAGCUGGUCUACAGACUACAGACAAAUAUGCGGCACUUGCCAAUUUAGACAAUAUCUUCAGUGCUGGUCAAGGUGGUGAUCAGGGUAGUGGGUUUGGGACCACAGGUAAAGCUCCUGUUAGUUCUGUGGUUUCAGUUCCCAGUCAGUCAAGUGCAUCUUCAGACAAGUAUGCAGCCCUGGCAGAACUGGACAGCGUUUUCAGCUCCUCAGCCACUUCCAGUAAUGCAUAUACUUCCACAAGUAAUGCUAGCAGUAAUGUUUUUGGAACAGUGCCAGUGGGUGCUUCUGCACAGACACAGCCUGCUUCUUCAAGUGUGCCUGCUCCGUUUGGAGCUACACCUUCCACAAAUCCAUUUGUUGCUGCUGCUGGUCCUUCUGUGGCAUCUUCUACAAAUCCAUUUCAGACCAAUGCCAGAGGAGCAACAGGUGCUGAAGCCCAGGCAUGGAGAUGAGAGUUAAAGCCUUAAAGCCACACAGCCAAUUUAUGACAGAGAUGGCACUUGAACGUUGUAAUUCUGACUUAUUUGUUGGUUUGGUUUCACAAUUAUUGGUUGUAACUCAAUCUUAAAAGAAAAAAAUGUAUAAGUUUUUUUCCUUUUCAUGGGAUUGUGAGGAAUGGAUGGGCUUUAUUACAUGAGAUCUUAAUGAGGUCUUUUUCUAGUGCAUAUCUCUUAGGUGUUAACAUUGUUUUAAGUCAUGGGAAACUGAUUUAAUUUCGGGUAUAACAUUUGAAUAUUUUCUCUUUUGAUAAUUUAAAAAUCCUUUUUAUCCCUCCCCCCUUUUUUUCUUUUUGGUUCACAGUGUAAGCCAGCUGCAUAUUUCUUGUACCUCUUUGAUUUUUGUCUUAUUACCCUGAACACCAGAGUUAUUUGCCAGUACCUUGGAGUAUGAGCAAGUGCAUGUGGUAUGAUCUAAUACCCAUCAAACUGAAUUUGUCAGCUUUGCUUUUAGAUUUAGAUAAUUUUACAACUAAAGCCUUGAACUUCAGUUAUAGCACUAUGUUGAUGUGAUAUUUUGAGAGACUAAGGUGCUUGUAACAUCACGAUAAAUUUGCACCAUUAAGAAUUAGUAAUUACUAGCUCAUCUUUUUGUCUUUGGCAAGGUUGAGAAUUGUAAUAUUGGGAGUUUGAACCAUAACUUUCCUUUUCAUAUAAAUGUCUUCAGUCAUAAUCUGUUGAUAUCUCACAUAAUAGAUGUUUAAAAAGUACUUGAAUUUUGCACGUAAUUUUUUAAAAUGGUGUAUUUUAAUUCAAAUAUAAUCACUGAUUGUUUCAAAUUUCUAUUGUGUUUUGGACAAAAUAUUUAUACUGUUCAUCCCUUGUGAUAUAUGUAAUAUUUCUGUUUCUAAGCAUAUUAUUUUGACUUUGUGGAAUGAAUUUGUAAAGUGUCUCAUGACACAGGUUUUAUACAUGGUCUCAUUUAGUCCUCUUAACUCUCAUUUAAAUAAAUAUUUUAAUCCUUCUUUGACAGCUGAGGUAACUGAGGCCCUGAAAAGUUAAGCGCAUAUGUUUUUGGGUAUAGCCAGAUUUGUGUUCAAACUUGAUUUAGAUUUACUUGCUAGGUAAUCCUAAAAAUACUUUCUGUAUAUUAUUUUUUCAAUGAAUGGAGGAAAAGUGAUAGGAAGAUACAUUAUUUGCAAGAUACUAUUGAGAUGUUUAUAGCUAUUAUAACUCCAUUUGACAACUGAGGGAUGGAAACUCAAGUUAUACCUUCACCAAGGUUAUGUUGAUGUAACUCCUCUGAACCUUAUUGCUCUUUUCUGUAGAAUGUGAACAAUAUUCUAUGGCAGGGAUGUUGUGAGAAUUAGAUGAUGCAGAUCACUGUGCAUGGUCCUUGCAUUAUUGUAUAUACUUGGUAAAGCAUUCCUGUUAUCUUCCUUUCAUGACUAUACCUCCAGACUGGUUAUGUGGCCUAAGACCUUUCUUAUUUUAGGAUUCUGUACUAUUCAGCAUUCUGUUUUUCCAGAGCCUUUGAGCCCUUAAAUCUAAUGAAUAAAGUUAAUAUAAUUUUCAGUUAUUAGGAAAUUCUCUUACAGCUCUUACAUCUCUCCUUUGCCCCCAAAUGAGUACCCUUUAUUUUCUAACAUUCAUUUAGUGAAAAAAUGAAUGAUUUUAAACGUCCCCCCUCCCCCCCCCAAGGAGAUAAACUUGUAGAAAUGUAGAGCCGAAAGAAUCAUAGUAGCAUUUAGCCAAGCGUCCUUAUUUUAUUACUUAGGUAGAAACCAAUUUGAUGGAUUUGCCUUAAGGGUCCAGAAUUAAUCAAUGACUAAUCUGGUGUUAGUAUGCAGAGUGCUUCUAAACCAGCACUGUUUCCAUUGGCUCCACUCAUUCCACUCAUAGAAAGUAAAUGAAACAUAUAUCCACACAAAAACUUGCAUACAAAUAUUCACAGUGGCAUUAUUCCUAAUAGCCAGAAAGUGGUAACAACCCAGGUGUCCAUCCAGUGAUGAAUGGAUAAACCGAAUGUGGUAUAGCCAGACAGUGGAAUUUGAUAAUAAAAAGUAAUGACGGGUACUGAUGCAUGGUACAACAUAGAAAAACCUAGAAAACAUUAGGCUAAAGAAAUAAAGUUAGUCACAAAAUGCCAUGUAAUGUAAGGUUCCAUUUAUAAUUUGUCCUGGAUGGGCAAAUCUACAGAGACAGAAAGUAGGUGGGGCAAAAUGGAGAGCUGAUAGUUAUGGAGUUUCUUUUAGUGAGGCGGUAUGAAAAUGUUCCAAAAUUAGAUGGUGAUGAUGGUUGUACACCCAGUGAAUAUGUUAAAAAAACACAGAAUUCUACCCUUUAAGUGGACAAAUUGUAUGAUAUGUGAAUUAUAUCUUAAAAAUCUUGUUAAAACAAGUCUAAAAUAUUUUUAUAGCAGCCCAGGACUAGGCAUCAUUGUUGCAGAUUGAGGUACAGUAAUUAUUACUGGUUAACAAUCACUCUUGACUAAAUGUCAAUUUUUGCCAAAGUGUAUUUUGUAGAACAUGUCUCCUGAGAUGAUGUUAUCAAUGCUUCACGGAAAGGGGUUCUAUUUCCAAAUACAUAUGGGAAAUGCUGAGUUAAACAAAAUUUAACCACUAUAAUUAAUGCAGGGUUUCUCAAGAGCUUAUACUGUGCUCUAAGAAAGGAGAUAAAGUGACCAAACUUGUUUAUCACAGAACCCUUCCCCCUCAAUCAACCUUUUGUUGAAUUUAGAGUACGCUAUAAACAACAUCUUUUUAAGUUAGCAAGAAAAAGUAACAUUCACUGAAUAUUUACCCUAACACUUUUCAUCACAGCAGCUUUGUAAUAUUAUUGAUAUUAUCCCUGACCUUCCACCCCCAGUUUGCAAAUGAGUAAACCGAGGCUUAAAUAAGUUGUGGUAUCCUGUAAUUAGAAAACAACAGAACCAAGACUGAAAACCACUCUAAUCUCUCAAUUGCUUUGUUUCCCCAGAUUUAGUAGAUUAAGUAUGCUAAUUUUAAAUGCAUGGACAUGUAUUUUAGAAACAACCCCACUCCAGGUGGUUAAAACAGCAGUUCUAGUACUUAACAACCUUAAUUUGUUUUCUGUUGAUUACAAUUAUUUAUAUGUAACCUAUCUGACCUCAGUCAUGCCAGGUAAGAUCUGCACAAGAUAUAUUUUUCUUUUCUUUCUUUUUAGCCAUUGUGUUUUAAACUGAAAGUGCUGCUUACCUUUCUAAUGAACUACAUUGAAAAAUUUUCCCUGCGUAAUAUGUAAUUAGUUCACUUGAGUUAUUAAUUACACUUUUCUAGUUAAUGUAUGGAGUCAUAAAUAAAAGUCAAACAUUAUUCAAGUGCUUUCUCCAAGAUUUGACUUUUUAGAUGCUAAAAGUAGUUGCUAGAUCAUCUUAGAUGAUUCUAUGAAGAGCAUUUUUGGGUGUAACUGGUGAGGCCUAGAAAGUCUUUUUAUGGAUAUUGUUGUAUCUUCACAUGAAAAAAAUGUGAGCAUAUAUUUAAAAGAUGGAUUUUGUAAGUGUUUCUUCAUUUGAUAUUUGUUUUUCUGGUAUUAUUCUAAUCUCCCCUUUAUUUCAAACAGUAUAAAUACUAGUAUCAUGAAUAUAGUUGAAAUAAAAAGACUCUUUGAGGAUGUGUUUUUAUUAUGUAUUCCUAUGCUGCCUAGUUUGUAACAUUAUAUUCUAAUUUUAGAAUUUUUUAAUGAAACAAGUUUACUUUUAUUUUGACUAUAGUUAUUCA